AUGCCUGACUACGACUCCGGCUCGGAACCGGCCACUCCUGGGGAGGAUUACUCUUUGAGCACUCCGACCUCGCCGGGCUACAUCGACGACGACAAUGAUUCCGAAGCUAGCACUCCGCUCGACCCGCCGAGCGGGGGCUCCGACACCCAACCGAGCUAUCCCCCCAGCGAACCACCGCGCCGCGUGCCCUCUCUACGAACCGUUUCCGAUCCUCAAAAGACCACCCAUAUGAAUCCGACUUCGAGCGUCACAGGGUUAUUAAACACCGCAAGAAGGCCAGCCCCAAGCGCCAAUAGUUUGCCCUCCGACAUCAUGCAAAGGGCGCGCGCUCUCCAAGAGCAGCGCAUGAAUAUGGCCGCGCGGGCGGCCGCUGGAACGGCCGCAAACCUGAGCAGGCCGGGUAUAAAUGUGAACGUAGGGAGUGGCGUCGGUCACAACACCGGAGGGCUUCCAGGAGGACUCCCAGGAGGACUUCCAGGCGGGUUGCCGGGGAAUCUUAAACUACCAGGUGGCAUGGCCCGUCCUAUGCCCCCAAAUUUUCCCAAGUCGGCACCUGCAGUACCAGGUGCGAGGAAGCCUCCGAGCCUGAGCGAAAGGAGGGCUAUGAAGCUGGGUGGCCUCUCAGGACCCGGCAGCCCUUCUCCAGCUCCAACACCAAAACUUCAAGACCUUGGCGAGGACGCAUCGAGCAAACCAUCAGUUAACGGGGAAGGACGAGGGUCCAAGCUGAGCGACUUCAAAAACUACAUUGAUGCCGACAAAGGUUGGAUUACGUUCGACGGUGCUGCGACCAUUACACGGACAGGGGUCAACUUUGCCAACGGUCAGACAUUCUCCAUCUCGCUUGACGAGAUUGAUGUCAUAGACGAGCUGGGUAAGGGGAACUACGGGACCGUGUACAAGGUCCGGCAUGCUCGGCCAAAGGCACCGCGGUUUGGCCAGGGGCUGAGCCAAUUCAAGCCAUCCCUUUCCCUCCAGUCCUCCACAUCAUCGAGCGAGUUAGAUGACGCGGCAAGCGACACUUCGCUAGCCGGGGGCGGCGGGCGGACAACAUCCGGGGUGGUCAUGGCGAUGAAAGAGAUUCGGCUGGAGCUGGAUGAGGCGAAAUUCACCACAAUCCUCAAGGAGCUCGUGAUUCUGCACGAGUGCGUCUCACCCUACAUCAUCGACUUUUACGGUGCAUUCUACCAAGAAGGUGCAGUUUACAUGUGCAUCGAGUACAUGGACGGCGGCAGCAUCGACAAGUUGUACGUGGGCGGGAUCCCCGAAAACGUGCUGCGCAAAAUCACCUUUGCCACCAUUGUCGGCCUCAAGACCCUCAAGGACGACCAUAACAUCAUCCACCGCGACGUCAAGCCCACCAACAUCCUUGUCAACACCAACGGCCAGGUCAAGAUCUGCGAUUUCGGCGUCUCGGGCAACCUAGUCGCGAGCAUCGCCAAGACCAACAUUGGCUGCCAGAGCUACAUGGCCCCUGAGCGUAUCAGCGGUGGCGCCCUGGCGGCUGGCGCAGCGGGUGCCGCGGCCGGAACGUACAACGUGCAGAGCGACAUUUGGAGUCUCGGGCUGACUAUCAUCGAGUGUGCGAUGGGGAAGUACCCCUAUCCACCCGAGGUGUCGAGCACCAUUUUCAGCCAACUGAGCGCCAUCGUCGAAGGCGACCCGCCAGAUCUCCCCUCCGAAGGCUACUCCGCCCAAGCCCAAGAUUUCGUCCGCUCCUGCCUCAACAAGAACCCCCAUCAGCGCCACACCUACCCCAUGCUUCUCUCCCAUCCAUGGAUCAAAGCCCUGGGCAAGCCGGAAACCAUCGCCGAAGACGCCGAGGCCGAGGACGCCGCGGCAUACGACACCCUCGCGAACGCGGCGGGUGCGCUGAACCUGAAUAACCCGUCGGGUCGGGUGGCGGAGGGGGAUUACGAGGUCGGCGCGUGGGUCAAGGAUGUGCUGGAGCGGAAGAAGAGUGGGCUGCUGCCGCGCGGUGCGGAGAAACCGGCGUUGCAUGCGGCGCCGCUGAAUUCGGUCAGUCCGGUGGGAAGCCCGUUGGCGAUGCCAUGA